CCCAUCUUUGCAGUUUUGCUGUUAAUGACAUAAAAGCUGGUGAAGAAAUCAGAUACAACUAUGGAAAGAACGUUGACUUUUCUUGGCGAAAAAAGGUAGUUAAAAUUUAUUCUUCAUAACCAAAUUAGGCUCCAAAAAGUCACAUAUAUUUAAAUGAAGUCAAACACAUUUUUAAGUAUGCUCAUUUAUUUAGAUUUCUCAUCUUAGCUUCAUGAAUGUAAAAGGAAACUUUUAGCAUAAUCAUAAAUGUCUCAAACCAGGAUGUUUUAAACAGAAUCUUGUAGCAGAUAAGAAUUCAGAGAAACAUAAUUUACACAGUAGAUGCAAGAAUACAUGAUAUAUUUAGGUUUUACUCAAUAGUGUUUGAAUAUUUUUUAGAGAUUUUUAAGAUCAGGUAAAGGUAAAGACUUGUAUUUUGUUGUUGAAAUUUUGGUUUAGUUCGUUAUAGCUUCGCAAAAAUGCAAAAUGUCUGAAAGCUUGAACUUUGGAAAAGACAAGUGAGAUAUUUUUUAAACAUGUAGUUUUGCAUCUUGUUAGAUAUACUCUUUUCUUGUCCAGUUCCAUUGCAGAUACAGUUAUCUAAAAAAAGCAUUAAGUAAUAAAGAAAUCCUUGAUAUUUUAUAGUUAAGGCAGCCUCCUUAGACAAAGAAGAAACAAUUUUUAGAAAUACAUGUAAUUGUUUUGAAAACAAAUUCAAAAAGCAGUGACCAACACAGUUGCCAAAUGAAAUUUACUAGCUGUUUAUCUUUUAUGAUUACUUGUAAUCAUUUAUAGCAUUAUAUAUGAAAAAUUUAUCAAUUAUUAUUUUAGAUUUUUUAUUUAUACUUGAGUACUUAAUAUCGUGAAAUGGCCCCUAGACGCCUAGCCGCAAGAACGAUAAUUUAAAUGAGAUCUGAUGAAACACAGGGUGACCGAGGGGUUUUCAGCAUCAGUGAGGAAAACCAAAGGUAUAUAUUGGCAACCUGCACAGGAGAGACUGGGCUCUACACAGAGAAAGAUAGUCAUGGCUCUAGGACACCCAGUGAAACACUUGCAGAGGAUUCCAACAAAGAAAUGAGAACUGAUGAAACACAGGGUAACCAAGGAGUUUUCAGCAUCAGAGAGAAAAACCAAAGAUAUGUAUCAGCAACCUGCAUAGGAAUGUCUGGGCUCUACACAGAGAGGGAUAGUUAUGGCUCUAGGAUAACCAAUGAAACACUCAUUGAGGAUCUUGGCAAUGAAAUAAGAACUGAUGAAACAGAGGGUGACCAAGGAGUUUUCAGCAUCGGUGAGGAAAACCAAAGAGAUGUAUCAGCAACCUGCAUAGGAAUGUCUGAGCUCUACACAGAGAAAGAUAGUCAUGAUUCUAGGAUAACCAAUGAAAUGCUCCUUGAGGAUUUUGGCAAUGAAAUGAGAACUGAUGAAAUUCAGGAUGACCAAGGAGUUUUCAACAUCAGUGAGAAAAACCAAAGAUAUGUAUUAGCAACCUGCAUAGAAAAGCCUGGGCUCUACACAGAGAAAGAUAGUCAUGGCUCUAGGAUAACCAAUGAAAUGCUCAUUGAGGAUCUUGGCAAUGAAAUGAGAACUGAUGUAACACAGGGUGACCAAGGAGUUUUCAGCAUCAGUGAGGAAAAUCAAAGAUAUGUGUCAGCAACCUGCAUAGAAAAGCCUGGGAUCUACACAGAGAGGAAUAGUCAUGGCUCUAGUACAACCAAGGAAACACUCAUUGAGGAUCUUGGCAAUGAAAUGAGAACUGAUGAAACACAGGGUGACCAAGGAGUUUUCAGCUUCACGGAGGAAAACCAAAGAUAUGUGUCAGCAACCUGCAUAGGAAAGACUGGGCUCUACACAGAGAAAGAUAGUCAUGGCUCUAGUACAACCAAGGAAACACUCAUUGAGGAUCUUGGCAAUGAAAUGAGAACUGAUGAAACACAGGGUGGCCAAGGAGUUUUCAGCAUCAGUGAGGAAAACCAAAGAGAUGUAAUAGCAACCUGUAUAGAAAAGCCUGGGCUCUACACAGAGAAAGAUAGUCAUGGCUCUAGGAUAACCAAUGAAAUGCUCAUUGAGGAUCUUGGCAAUGAAAUGAGAAGUGAUGAAACACAGGGUGACCAAGGAGUUUUCAGCAUCAGAGAGGAAAAUCAAAGAUAUGUGUCAGCAACCUGCACCGGAGAGCCUGGGAUCUACACAGAGAAAGAUAGUCUAAAUUCUAAGACAACCAAUGAAAUGCUCAUUGAGGAUCUUGGCAAUGAAAUGAGAACUGAUGAAACACAGGGUGGCCAAGGAGUUUUCAGCAUCAGUGAGGAAAACCAAAGAGAUGUAUCAGCAACCUGCACAGAAAAGCCUGGGCUCUACAGAGAGAAAGAUAGUCAUGGCUGUAGGAUAACCAAUGAAACGCUCAUUGAGGGUCUUGUCAAUGGUUAG